GCGCCGCGCCGCGCCGACCUGCAGCGCCCGGCUGGCUCGCACUCCGCCUCCCCCGGCUCGGCCCCCCGCCGCCGCGGGACCAGAGCCCCGAGCCGCUUGUGAGCGUCACAUUGCCAGCGCCAGAGCUACUGGAGAAUUCUCAUUAUUCCAGGAGACUCUGGGAGCGCCUCUCCCACCUCCAAGGCUCCAGGAGCAAGUGAGCGGAGCUCUGAGGAAGAGCCACUGCUGGAAGGACUGCGGGAGGAGAUGCCCCGGAGCCGGCUCUAAGGUGACACUCUUAUACGCGUAGAACCUCCGAGAGGGGUUGCCUGGUACAGGGUGGUGCUUUCCAGUUAUUUGCUUUGGGACUGACUGUUGGAGGGAUCCCUACAUUUUCUGGAUUUCCUAAUGUCUGACUUCGAAGGUUGUGGGGAGAGGACUGAGUCCCAGGUAGUUUGGAGCAAGCUGUCCUUGGGUUCUCUCUCUGCUUGUUGACCAUAGAAGAGACAUAACUAUUGUCACAUAAUGGCUGAUUUUUGUCCCCCUUGGAGGUGGUGGUUUUGUACAAUGGUAGAUGGAGUGAUGAUUCUUCCUGUGCUAAUGAUGAUUGCUUUCCCUUCCCCUAGUAUGGAAGAUGAGAAGCCCAAGGUUAACCCUAGACUUUACAUGUGUGUGUGUGAAGGCCUCUCCUGUGGAAAUGAGGACCACUGUGAAGGCCAGCAGUGCUUUUCCUCACUGAGCAUAAACGAUGGCUUCCACGUCUACCAGAAAGGCUGCUUCCAGGUCUAUGAGCAGGGGAAGAUGACCUGUAAGACCCCGCCGUCACCCGGCCAAGCUGUGGAGUGCUGCCAAGGGGACUGGUGUAACAGGAACAUCACCGCCCAGCUGCCCACUAAAGGGAAAUCCUUUCCUGGAACCCAGAAUUUCCACUUGGAGGUUGGCCUCAUCAUUCUGUCUGUAGUGUUUGCAGUCUGCCUUCUAGCCUGCCUGCUGGGAGUUGCUCUCCGAAAAUUUAAAAGGCGCAACCAAGAACGCCUCAACCCCAGAGAUGUGGAGUAUGGCGCCAUCGAAGGGCUCAUCACCACCAAUGUCGGAGACAGCACGUUAGCAGAUUUAUUGGAUCAUUCGUGUACGUCGGGAAGCGGCUCUGGUCUUCCUUUUCUGGUACAAAGAACGGUAGCCCGUCAGAUCACACUGCUGGAGUGUGUUGGGAAAGGCAGGUAUGGUGAGGUGUGGAGGGGCAGUUGGCAGGGGGAGAAUGUCGCUGUGAAGAUCUUCUCCUCCCGGGAUGAGAAGUCGUGGUUCAGGGAAACAGAGUUGUACAACACUGUGAUGCUGAGGCAUGAAAAUAUUUUAGGUUUCAUUGCUUCAGACAUGACAUCAAGACACUCCAGUACACAGUUGUGGUUAAUCACACAUUAUCAUGAAAUGGGAUCGCUGUAUGACUACCUUCAGCUUACUACUCUGGAUACAGUGAGCUGCCUGCGAAUAGUGCUGUCCAUAGCUAGUGGUCUCGCACAUUUACACAUAGAGAUCUUUGGGACCCAAGGGAAACCAGCCAUUGCUCACCGAGAUUUAAAAAGCAAAAACAUCCUGGUUAAGAAGAAUGGACAGUGUUGCAUAGCAGAUUUGGGCCUGGCAGUCAUGCAUUCCCAGAGCACCAAUCAGCUCGACGUGGGGAACAACCCCCGUGUGGGCACCAAACGCUACAUGGCCCCCGAAGUUCUAGAUGAAACCAUCCAGGUGGAUUGUUUCGAUUCUUAUAAGAGAGUCGAUAUUUGGGCCUUUGGACUUGUCUUGUGGGAAGUGGCCCGGCGGAUGGUGAGCAAUGGUAUUGUGGAGGAUUACAAGCCACCGUUCUAUGAUGUGGUUCCCAAUGACCCAAGUUUUGAAGAUAUGAGGAAGGUGGUCUGUGUAGAUCAACAGAGGCCCAACAUACCCAACAGAUGGUUCUCAGACCCGACAUUAACCUCCCUGGCCAAGCUGAUGAAAGAAUGCUGGUAUCAAAAUCCAUCUGCCAGACUCACAGCCCUGCGUAUCAAAAAGACUUUGACCAAAAUUGAUAAUUCCCUAGACAAAUUGAAAACUGACUGUUGACAUUUUCACGGUGUCAAGAAGGAAGGUCUGACGUUGUCCAGCUGGGACCUAAUGCUGACCUGACUGGUUGUCAGAACAGAAUCCAUCUGUCUCCCUCCCCAAAUGACUGCUUUGACAAGGCCGACAUCUUACCCGGCUGUGUGCUGGGGAGACACCAAAACCACCCUAACCUCGCUCAAUGACUGUGAACUGGGCAUUUCACAAACUGUUCACGCUGCAGAGACUCAUGUUGGACAGACACUGUUGCAAAGGUAGGGAACUGGAGGAACACAGAGAAAUCCUAAAAGAGAUCUGGGCAUUAAGACAGUGGCUUUGCAUAUCUUCACAGGUCUCCUAGACACUCCCCACGGGAAACUCAAGGAGGUGGUGAAUUUUUAAUCAGCAAUAUUGCCUGUGCUUCUCUUCUUUAUUGCACUAGGAAUUCUUUGCAUUCCUUACUUGCACUGUUACUCUUAAUUUUAAAGACCCAACUUGCGGAAACAUUGGCUCCGUACUCCACUGGUCUGUCUUUGGAUAAUAGGAAUUCAAUUUGGCAAAACAAAAUAUAAUGUCAGACUUUGCUGCAUUUUACACAUGUGCUGAUGUUUACAAUGACGCUGAACAUUAGGAAUUGUUUAUACACAACUUUGCAAAUUAUUUAUUACUUGUGCAGUAGCAGUUUUUACAAAACUGCUUCAUGCAUAUGUUAAAGCUUAUUUUUAUGUGGUCUUAUGAUUUUAUUACUGAAAUGUUUUUAACACUAUACUCUGAAAUGGACAUUUUCUUUUAUUAUCCGUUAAAUUCACAUUUUAAGUGCUUCACAUUUAUGUGUGUAGACUGUAACUUUUUUUUUCAGUUCAUAUGCAGAACGUAUUUAGCCAUUACCCAUGUGACACCACCGAAUAUAUUACUGAUUUAGAAGCAAAGAUUUCAGUAGAAUUUUAGUCCUGAACGCUGUGGGGAAAAUGCGUUUUCUUCAGAAUUAUCCAUUAUGUGCAUUUAAACUCUGGCAGAAAAAAAUAACUAUUUUGUUUUAAUCUA